AUGAACAAGGGUUUGGUUUUACUCCUGUGCAGUUGCGCGGUGGCGUAUGCGGCCUCAACAUCCGAAGGCAUCGUACAGGCGAUAGUACCACCCCAAAAUGGUCCAACUGCCCUCAUAGUGGAUGAUCCUGCGGCUGACGAAAGCAACGAUCUCGAAGGAGCCGAAGCUGCGCACUACGGAUAUGGAGGAGGAUUCGGUCACGGUGGUUACGGCGGUGGGUUUGGCCACGGUGGAGGCUUCGGCGGAGGGUACGGCGGUGGCUUUGGCCACGGGGGUGGCUUCGGGGGUGGAUUCGGAUUCCGCAAGUUUGGUGGCUUCGGAGGGUUCGGUGGCCAUCACGGGGGCUUUGGUGGCCACGGGUUAGGGGGUGGCUUUGGGGGCGGUGGAGGAUUCGUCGUCGGCGGUGGCUUCAUCAAAGGCGGCGGAUUCUAUGGCAAGAAGUGA